ACGAAGGAACCGCGGCCAUGAACAGACAAACCAGGGAAAGAAUUCUGAAUGACCGGCCCAUAAUAGGGAUCUUGGCCCAGCAGACAAUGGGUCACCUGUCCGGGAUGGCCCAGACGUACGUGGCCUCUUCCAACGUAAAACACCUGGAAUCGGCCGGAUGCAGAGUGGCAGUGAUCAGAUUGUAUCUCAGUGAAUCUGAAUAUGAAAAACUAUUUUACUCAAUAAAUGGGAUCUUAUUCCCUGGCGGCGCCGUUGAUGUCCAGAACUCCGAGUUCGCCCGGGUGGCCGGCAUCUUCUACAGGCUGGCGGUGGAGGCCUGUGACCAGGGCGAUUACUUCCCGGUGUGGGGGACGUGCCUGGGGCAUCAGCUGUUGACGGCACUCACUACGGGCGAGAAUCUGCUCAGCAGGACGGACAGUAACAACAUGGCAUUGCCGCUGGAUUUCACUGACGAAGCGAAAUCGUGUAAAAUGUUUAGGAAUUUCGCCCCAGAGGUGACGCGAGUUUUAUCAGAGACACCACUGACCGGUAACUUCCAUAAGUACAGCCUCACCCUGGAGGCCUUCGAAGCGAAUAAGAAGUUGAGAUCGUUCUACCGACUCAUCUCCACCAACACGGACCGGCAGGGAGUCACCUUUGUCUCGACGAUGGAAGCGUUCCUAUAUCCAAUUUAUGGCACACAAUGGCACCCGGAAGGUAACCGCUACUUCUGGAAGAAGAGAAUGGAUAUUCCACACAGCCCCCUCGGAGUCAGGAUUUCCUUCCUAAUGGCCGAGUUCUUCGUCAGUGAAGCCAGGAAAAACUUCCAUCAUUAUGAGGAUAAACUUGAUGAAGACUCCAUCCUCAUUGAUCAAUACGCUUGCACAGUGGACAAGGUAAACUACCGAACCGUCUACUUAUUUUGACGGACCUGGCGUGGAUAUCGAAUGGAGUUUGUGCGCAGCGUGGGCGAAGUAAGGUUUCCGGCCUGAGCACGAAACGUCCUCCAAUUUAAACCCCUGCACCGCUGGCGGUGCACAGCCCUGGGAAGGUUCAACAGAGAAGCCGUUCUCUGUGGAGGAUAGGUCACCUAUUUUCGGUAGGUGACCUGCUGCCUCUACUGAUGUGAGACUACCGAUCUAUAACUGUGAAUGCAAACAAGGACUUCAGCUGUGACCCUCUUGUAGACAGAUCCGAUCCAUGUUGCCAGUGGCUCCGGCGUAGGAGCGGUGUUCCGGGGGUGUGUCUGUGCCCGGUGAUCGUGGGGAGGAAACAAAGGGUGUGCACCGGUACCGUGGAGGUGUUGCUGGACCGCUGGGCAGCGCAAGGGAUAAAUACAACCCUUGACAAGGAUGAGAACAUUUUAAUUUCUAGUAUUAUUGAUUGUCACUGUAAUUGGCUCUGAGUUUGUUGUCCGUCGUAUCCAGCGACGACAGGAGACCAGUGCUGGGGAGCUUUUAAAGUGGAAACGCCGUUGUACUCGGAAAUCCGGGUCCACUGGUACCAGCAGUCGUCACAGACUGGGGUCUUUCUAGGUUGCAGUGGGUGGCCAUGGCUCCCGUUCCCCGUCAAGCCUUUCGCUUCCGCGGAGCGUUGCAGAACUGCCUCCCCCGCCGUUGGAUCUCACAGUAGAUCUCACCUGCCUGGACCGCCGGCGAUGGCUUCACAAGCUACAAAAGGCAAGUCCCUAUCUCAUUUAGGUGUGAGGCCCGCCGGCUCUCCUCGCCUGGUUUAGCCCGCUUGUCUAGGCGCGGUAUCGGGGUUUGGCCGCUGUCGCCCGCAAGCAGCUACUUAGGGCCACAGAUGGAAGAAAAGGCACGAGAGCUCUCCGAGUCUUACCCAGAGGGUGAAUGCGAUUAGUGCCAUGGCAGAGCUAACUGCGGGAGGGGGGCCGAUGAAGCAGAGAUCAGCCACCUUCGUGUUCACCGUGUCCCUGUCGUCCAUAUACCUCAGAAUACUUAAACAACAGGAAUUCUGCAGAUGCUGGAAAUUCAAGCAACACACAUCAAAUUUGCUGGUGAACGCAGCAGGCCAGGCAGCAUCUCUAGGAAGAGGUGCAGUCGACGUUUCGGGCCGAGACCCCUCGGGCCAGUACUAACUGAAGGAAGAGUUAGUGAGCGAUUUGAA